AUGAAGGUGCAGCUGCAGCGCUCGUUGCCCAACUCGAAGGAGAUGCGCAUUGUCGGGGCCACCUACCCGACCCCGCCUCUCCGAGCCGCCAUCGGGCGGGCGUGCUCCUUUGCUUUCAUGGGAACCCUCGCCCUUGCACUGGCCGGCCCGCAGAUGGGCUUCCUGCCGCCAACGGUGGUCAACUUCAUUGGCCAGCAGCGCGGCAUGAUGAUUGGUGCCGGUUUUAUGCUGAACAUGGUCGGCAACUCGCUGACCCAGACUGGGGCGUACGAGGUGUCUCUGGACGGGGAGCUGAUUUACUCGAAACUGCAGACAGGUGCUGUGCCGUCAGUGGAGGAGAUGCGCCGAAUCAUUUUAGAGAAGACGCUGCUGGAAGACUACGGCGAUAAGUCCACCGACACUAAACCCAGCAACGACAUACAAACGCCGGCGUAA